GUAUACCUUGCUGGACUACAAAAAUCUCCAACUGGAAGAAGUUCCAGAUGAUGUGACUUGUACUCAGGUACUCCAGAAAUGGAGUAUUCCAUCUACAUCUGGUUCAACCAUGACAAAAGCAGUGAAGUUCGAAGACUUAACUUUUGAGAAUGCUGAUUAUAUAAGGGACAAGGAAAACAAAAGAAAGCGUCCUUUGGUAAAAGGAAAACGAGAAAAUUAUUGUUCUACACCACCAUUUGCUAAGAAGGUCAAAAAAGAUGAAAUAAAAGCUUUAUGUACAUCAUUACAACAAAAUGGUAAAGCUGCUUUACUGUGUGCAACAUUCAUUGGYAAUGAUUUUAAACCAGAUAUAUUUUUUCGAACCAGCUGUACAUUUCAGGAAGACCGGGUAGAAACUGGUGUUAAGUUUGGAAGAAACAUCUUAUUUGAUAAUAUGCCACAGUCAGGUCAUACUGGGCUAAAUCUUUCAGUUCAGACAAUGGAACUYAUUAUUAAAAAAGUUGGUGUCAGCAAAGAUGAGGCAAUAGCUAUUGAGRUAGCAACCAGAUCUCAACGGCAAAGUAAAGCUUGGUUCAAAGAGAGACAAAAAAGAUUAACUUCUUCAUCAUUUGGAAGGGUGAUAAACCGAAGGGAGASUACUUCACCUGUAWCUCUGGUAGCAAGCAUUAAGAAAACAAAUACAGCAUCAUCCAGGAUGCCUCCGUCACUGAAGUGGGGAGUUGAAAAUGAGCCAGUUGCCCUAGAAAUGUACAAAGCCCAAAAAGGGGAACAUGUUUUAGUUGCUGACUAUGGAUUAGUUAUUAACACAUCAUGGCCCUGGCUUGCAUUUAGUCCUGAUGGUAUCAUUUACAGCAGUGAAAACAAUCCAAUAGGAGCCAUUGACAUUAAAUGCCCAUUUUCAAAAAGAGAGGUGACAAUUGAAGAGUGCUGCAAAGACUCAACAUUUUACCUGAAAAAAACACCAGAUGGCCCAAGACUCAAGAAAACACACAUUUAUUAUUAUCAAUGUCAAGGUGUUCUUAAUAUUACAGGACUGGACUGGAUUGACUUUGUUGUUUAUACAAAGAAUGAUUUAUUUGUGCAACGUAUACCUAAAGAAAUCAAUUUGUGGAAUUCCAAGAUGCUCCCAAAACUAACAUCUUUUUAUGCUCAGUAUCUCUUGCUUUAGGUCAGGGAUUAUUGUGAUUUAAUUCAUGAAAAGAAUGUCAUCAUUACUUGUGGAACAAAAUUAAAUGGUAUCAUAUCUAAUACUGUAAACCUYUGAAAAUAUAAGACUCUCAGAGAAUAUAAGCUCAUUAUCACAUGAUUCUUUGUUCUUUUUUUUUUUAAACCAAACAUUGCAUGUUGGGAAAUUAAGUCCUAGGCUUAUAUACUUAUAGCUUGGAGGUUUACAGUAAACUGAAAUAAAACAACCCUAGCAUAAAUGUGUAAGUUUCAACAAUGUUAAUACUGUUAAUACUACAGUSUUUCUUCAGUGCAUUAUAAUGCAAAAUUUCAAAAUCAACAGUUAAAAUAAGUUUUCUCCCCAUUAUUACUCAUCUUCUGCAAUAAUUGGAGGCAAAAAGUUACAUAAGUAUGAACAAAUUAUCCAUAUCUUAUUAAGAUCAGCAGCCAUUGACAAUGGAAAUUCCAUUUUCAAAAUUCUAAAACACUUAAUUCUGCGAAUUGCCCGUUCAACAUGUAUUCUGACUGAUGCAAUCCUUCUUGUCUCAGUUUCCUCCUCAAGUGAUAGAUGGUCAUUCUCCUUAACAAAUGCUGGCAUAUUCAGGAAAACAUCCUCGGGUAGUAUAUCCUCGAUGUCAAAUCCUUUGUCAACCAUGAUACUAUCAUUUUUUUCGAGUAAAGAAAUUAGUCCACAGUCUUUAGUUGCCUCCUUAUCACUUGUUCUCCCAGAGUAAAGAUCAGAAACAAAUKUAAUCAUUCCAGAUGGAGCAAUGCCAACAAGCCCUUUGGCAGUGUUAUGAUGUUUGUAGUAAGAAUAUGUUCGACUUUGUGAUCUCAGGGGGCUUGGCAUUUCAAUAAACAGUUCAGUGCAAUCUA